UUCUUCACAGAUCACUGAGGUUUUUGAAAGAUGACUUCAGUAACGUUUGCGUUUCUCCUGGCAGCAGUAAUUGCUGUCAGCGGUAAAGUUCUUGGCCCAGGAACCAAUAGCAGAAGAAUUUCCUUUAGCAGAAGAUCGGAAAUUAGAGCAAGAGAAGAUCUACCAGAAGAAUUACAAAGAGAGCUGGAAAGAGAGGAUUUCUGUGAAGAAAAAUUAGGAUGUUUCAGUAACUCAGAGCCUUACAAUCAGCCAAUCAGCGAAAGACCUUCAUUUGGCUUAUACUUACCUGAUUACGCAGCAGACAUCGCAACUGAGUUCCGUCUCUUCUGCCCAGGACAUACUGAUGAGCCUGAGGUUAUUAUGUCGUCGACUUUUAAUGACUGGAAAAUAGCUGACAGCUGCUUCGAUGCUUCUGCGAAAACAGUGUUCAUUAUUCAUGGAUUCAAUGGUGGAAAUGCAGAAUGGCCUCUGAGAAUGAAAAAUGCUCUUAUCAACAAAGAAAAUACCAACGUCUUUGUCGUUGAUUGGUCAAAUGGAGCUUCUCCAUCCUGGUAUUACGGAGUUCAUACUUAUGAAAAGGCUGUUGCUAAUACUCGAAUGGUUGGAGCUGACAUUGGAUAUUUCAUCCAACAACUGAUGGACGCAACAAAAAUCGAUCCUAAAUUGAUUCAUCUUGUUGGCCACAGUCUUGGUGCUCAUACCGCAGGAUAUGCUGGUGAAUGGGUUUUGCGCAAUACAACAAAGUUAAUUGGAAGAAUAUCAGGUCUUGAUCCAGCUGGUCCAUUGUUCAAUGGCGUUCAUCCACUUGUCAGAUUAGGUAGAGAAGAUGCAGAAUUUGUGGACGUCAUCCAUACGAACUACGCACCAAAUCGUUUUGAAGGUUACGGAAUUAAAGAAACCGUAGGUCAUUUCGAUUUUUACCCUAAUGGCGGAGAAGAUCAAGCUGGUUGCAUAACAGCGAGCGAAGCGUAUCUUCAAGUCUUCUCCUCAUUGUCAUCUGAUCCUCUGACAUGCAGCCAUUCGAGAGCCUAUGAAUUGUUUACUGCCAGCAUAGAAGAGCCAGAGUGCAAAUUCAAGUCAGUGCAGUGUGAAAAUUUGGAUCAAGUAGCGAGUGAUACAUGUGGUACAUGCGAAGAGAACUGCGUUAGUAUGGGUUAUUACUCAGUCAAUUCCAAGGCUCUUGCUCAAAAAGACAGUUCCAUCAUAUUUUAUCUUAAGACAACUGACAAAGAUCCAUACUGUUUGGAGAAGCAAAAGAAAUAGAUGUACAUUUCAAAUGUAAACAAAAAUCAAUAAAAUAGCCAAAUUUAAUGAUAAAAUGCAAGCAUUCAGACUAGCCUAAAUGUUUACAUUGGUAUCGUGUAUUCCGCAAUUGGAAAUUAGUGGACUAUGUUAUGCAGACUUGCUGUUUUAAACCAUCAGUUAGUAGAACUCAAAUAAAUCUUAAACAAUUAACUUUGA